GAUGCCGGUGUGUGCGUACACCACUGGCUGCAGUAGGCUUUGAACUUUCUUUACAAGUCUCCAAAGCAUACUCAACACUAUGAACAGUCAAGACGCAUUCAGAAAAUUCGCUCAGCAAUUACAGAGGGCUAGUCAGUCUGGAGGUGGUGGUGGGAUGCCAGGAGGUCCAGGUCGCUUCCUCGCAGGCGGGGGCCUUAUUGUCGCGUUGGUGGGCGGUGGACUUCUUCUGAAUGCGAGCUUGUUCAAUGUUGAUGGUGGCCACAGAGCUAUUAAAUAUACUCGUCUCCAAGGUGUCAAGGAUGAGGUGUACAGCGAAGGGACACACCUCAUGGUUCCCUGGUUCGAGACUCCAAUAGUUUUCGACAUUCGCGCGAAGCCUCGGAGUGUAGCAAGUUUGACUGGCACGAAAGAUUUGCAAAUGGUUAACAUCACUUGCAGAGUUCUAUCCCGACCCGCUGUAUCUGCUCUGCCUCAAAUAUACCGCGAACUAGGAAAAGACUAUGACGAGCGCGUGCUACCGUCUAUCGUCAACGAAGUUCUCAAAAGUGUAGUCGCACAGUUUAAUGCAAGUCAGCUUAUUACACAACGUGAGAUGGUGUCCCGAUUAAUUCGUGAAAACUUAACAAAUCGCGCAUUACGCUUUAACGUGGUGCUGGACGAUGUGUCUAUCACCCACGUGGCAUUUUCACCCGAGUUUACGCAUGCUGUUGAGGCCAAGCAGGUAGCUCAACAAACAGCUUUGAGGGCCGCCUUCUUGGUUGACCAGGCCAUUCAAGAAAAGCAGUCUAUUAUAGUGCGAGCCCAAGGUGAGGCAAAGAGUGCUGAGUUGAUCGGCGAAGCUAUGCGCACGAACAAAGGAUUUCUGGAGCUUCGUCGACUUGAGGCCGCAAGGGAUAUUGCCAACAUGUUGGCCUCCUCAGGAAAUAAAGUGAUGUUAGAUGCCCAGAGCCUCUUGUUGAAUGUGACUGGAGAAGACACAAAAGAGUUGCUGAAAGUAAAGAAGUAAUCUUAUUGCCUGGUCCACAUCUCAUCACCAUCGUCACCGCCGCUGCUAAUAAAAAUGCAUAUGUUGACUAUGAGCUUAUAUAUUGAACUGCAAACUACAGGGACGCACAUAUCUGAAGUGAAGCAUGAUGCAUGAGGGCUCGGUGGCACUCUUGUCCAUGAUCACAUCAUCCUUUCCACUCCAGCGCGCGUCGUGCUAUGUUAACUACAAAACAUGGGCAUGCGAAUAAUGUCGCAAGCGUCUUCAAAAUUUCGUGGCAUGAUCGACCUUCUGAUUAAUGCGUCUAAUUUUCUACGAUGACUCGCUUGCCCGACUUGUGCUACAUGCCUUUUCCUUUAUACAUGGUUAUAUUAAAUGACAACCUCUUUCUUGAC